CGCGGGGCGGGCCUCCGUGGGCGCCGGCGUGGGGCUGCAGCACGUGGGAGGGCGCUGGCAGGCCAGCCGUCGCCGCGGUUCCGCUGUGGCCUUCAGCGMUAGGCCCACUCUCCGCUGCCGGGCGCCCGCCUCGGUCGCCCCCAGACCUCAAGACCACGCACCCGCUGCUGCCGGCCUCUCGGCGUGCCCAUGAUUGCCCGGUGCCUUUCGGCUGUGCGAGGCCUCCACAGAGUUGGUGGUUCCAGGAUUUUACUCAGAAUGACAUUAGGAAGAGAAGAGACAUCUUCCCUUCAGACAGUGUCUUCCUAUACUGCAGCUGGCAGAAAUGUUUUAAGAUGGGAUCUUUCACCAGAGCAAAUUAAAACAAGAACUGAGGAACUCAUUGUACAGACCAAACAGGUGUACGAUGCUGUUGGAAUGCUCAACGUGGAAGAAGUAACUUAUGAGAACUGUUUACAGGUGCUGGCGGACGUAGAAGUGAAGUACAUAGUGGAAAGAACCAUGCUAGACUUCCCUCAGCAUGUGUCCUCUGACAAAGAAGUACGGGCAGCAAGUACUGAAGCUGACAAAAGACUUUCUCGUUUUGAUAUUGAGAUGAGCAUGAGAGAAGAUAUAUUUAAGAGAAUUGUUCAUUUACAGGAAACUUGUGAUUUGGAAAAGAUAAAGCCUGAAGCCAGACGAUACUUGGAAAAGUCAGUUAAAAUGGGAAAAAGGAACGGACUCCAUCUUCCAGAACAAGUACAAAAUGAAAUCAAAUCGAUGAAGAAAAAAAUGAGUGAGCUAUGUAUUGACUUUAACAAAAAUCUCAAUGAGGAUGAUACCUUCCUGGUAUUUUCCAAGGCUGAACUUGGUGCUCUUCCUGAUGAUUUCAUUGACAGUUUAGAAAAGACAGGUGAUGACAAGUAUAAAAUUACCUUAAAAUAUCCACACUAUUUUCCUGUCAUGAAGAAAUGUUGUGUCCCCGAAACCAGAAGGAAGAUGGAAAUGGCUUUUAAUACGAGAUGCAAAGAGGAAAACACCAUCAUUCUGCAGCAGCUACUGCCACUGAGGGCCCAAGUGGCCAAGCUACUUGGCUACAAUACACAUGCUGACUUUGUCCUUGAAAUGAAUACUGCCAAGAGUACAAGCCAUGUGACAACCUUUCUCGAUGACUUAAGCCAUWAAUUAAAACCCUUGGGUGAGGCAGAAAGAGAGUUUAUUUUGAAUUUGAAGAAAAAAGAAUGUAAAGAGAGAGGUUUUGAAUAUGAUGGAAAAAUCAAUGCCUGGGAUCUACACUACUACAUGACUCAGACAGAAGAACUCAAAUACUCCAGAGACCAAGAGUCUCUCAAGGAGUACUUCCCCAUCGAGGUGGUCACUGAAGGCUUGCUGAACAUCUACCAGGAGUUGUUGGGACUUUCCUUUGAGCAAGUGACAGAUGCUCAUGUUUGGAAUAAAAGUGUUACACUUUACACUGUGAAGGAUAAAGCUACCGGAGAAGUGUUGGGACAGUUCUACUUGGACCUGUAUCCAAGGGAAGGAAAAUACAAUCAUGCAGCAUGCUUUGGUCUUCAACCCGGCUGCCUUCUCCCUGAUGGGAACCGGAUGAUGUCUGUGGCUGCCCUUGUGGUAAACUUCUCACAGCCAUUAGCAGGUCGGCCCUCUCUCCUGAGGCAUGAUGAGGUGAGGACUUACUUCCAUGAAUUUGGUCAUGUCAUGCAUCAGAUCUGUGCACAGACUGAGUUUGCACGAUUUAGUGGAACAAAUGUGGAAACUGACUUUGUAGAGGUACCAUCACAAAUGCUUGAAAAUUGGGUGUGGGACAUUGAUUCCCUCCGAAGAUUGUCAAAACAUUAUAAAGAUGGAAGCCCUAUUACAGAUGAUCUGCUUGAAAAGCUUGUUGCUUCUAGACUGGUCAACACAGGUCUUCUGACCCUCCGCCAAAUUGUUUUGAGCAAAGUUGAUCAGUCCCUCCAUACCAAUACAUCGCUGGAUGCCGCAAGCGAAUAUGCCAAAUAUUGCACAGAAAUUCUAGGUGUUGCAGCUACUCCAGAUGUGCUCAAAGGAAAGGUGGCUCCAGAUUCACAGCAUUUUAGUGUAAUCAGGCAUAAGCAAUUGGCCUCCACCCAGGAGCUGAGAGAGCCAUUCGCAUUUGGCAACACCGGUCUGGCUUCUUCCCUACAGAUCCCAGGAUCUGCUCUGAGAACUGUUUCCAAGCCUAUCAAGCUAAUCAUUGAGAAAACACUAACAGGAAGAUCAAAUAGAAACCCACAACAUUCUGAAUACCAAAUGGUAGCUGUAGAAUAUUUUAUGGUUGGAAUGAAAUAUAGAAACCUAAUCCUGAAACCCGGGGGAUCUCUGGACGGCAUGGACAUGCUCCAGAAUUUCUUGAAACGUGAGCCAAACCAAAAAGCGUUCCUAAUGAGUCGAGGCCUGUGUGCUCCAUAAACGGGAUCUUUGGUAGCAGUCCAUGUCUGGAGGACAAGUCGACGUCGCCAUGUGUUACUGGCCUGGAAACUGAAGGGAGUUUGCAGAUGAAAAAUUAGAUUUCUAUUGACUUCUUUUUUUUUUUAUUUUAAAACUUAUACUUAUGUAAAUGGAAUUAUAAAUACUGUGACCUAAAAAGACUAAUUGAAAAUAAUUGUACUAUAAAAUUUCAUAAAAAUGGAUUUGAUUUCUUUUGAUAAAAGUUUCAUAUGAAUGUAAUUUGAUUUUUUUACUAUUAUAAUCUAGAUAAUAUAAUGUAAGAGGGCCAAGAAUUUUUAAAUUGAAUCAUAUACAUGAUAUAAUUUGAUCCUUCUUAUAUCUUAAAAUUUUGUACUUGGGAUUUCUGAACUGAUAAAUGAAUCAUCAAAUUCCUCUGGUAAAUAUUUUCCUGGAGCCCUGAGUCAACUUUGAUCCUCUGCCUCCCUUAAGGUGUGACCUUGCCUUUGCCUGCAUGCCUCAAGGCCAAGGAAAUACGACACAGUAAUUCCUUUAUCCUUUGUAUACCAGGCCUCAAAGUUCCCAGCUUUCUGCCUCUUUAUGUUAUAUUACCCCAUUUGGGUUUGUUUUCCUUUCUAAUCUUCAGUUAGAGAGUACCAAAAAAAAUUUUCAGUGUGACUGCCCAGGUCUAAURUAUAUUGCAAGUUGUUUUUGUUUGUUUGGUACUAGGGAUUGAACCAGGGGCACUUGAUGACUGAGCCACAUCCCCAGCCCUUU